AUGGCUUCCCGACUUCCAAAGCUACUUGUCGCGCUUGCGCUCGGCAAGACGGCGUAUUCUGCCGCAAUAAGCGCCAACUCGACCAUUACAGCCCCCCCGACUCUCGCUUCGACAACAGCAGGAAACCCUGAGGAUACCCAGUAUAUCUGCAAUGGCACGAGCAUCCCCGUGAUCGUAGCCGGAUUGUACCAGGGCCUGUACACCUCGCCCGACCUGCAUUGCCAGUGUAUGAUGACCCUGAACGAAUGGGUGUCCGACUCUGCCGUGCAUACGUACACGAGAACCCUCGCUACAGGCACCAAGGUCGUCACGGAAACAGCCAGCGGCACACCGACUACCAUAACGACCGCUGACCUGACCACGUACACCUACACGCAAACAGGACAUCCUGGUCUGGGUGGUGGUCUACAUUCCGACGGGUGGUAUGGCUCGGCAUCACCACCUUGCUGUUACUCGUGCACCGUGCAAGCAUCUACCGUUCAUCUGAUUCACUGGGCAAGCAUUACAACGCCGCAUGCCUCGACUGUCGUCUCAGGCGGCUAUACCUUCACAUCACCUAGCGUGUACAUUGGCUUUUCCGCGCUGUCCGCAUACGACUACUGCGGCACUGUAGGCCAGCCCUUUUACAACACCACUAUCGCUUUCGACCCAACGGAGCUGUCAACCGUGGUGUUCUCGCCGACGGCCACCGUAACCAACACCAUAGGAGAUACCAUAAGUGGCACAUCAAUCACCAAGACGGUGACAAGCACGUACUACACGGUCGCCGGCUCGGCACCGCUCAACUUUGCCGACGUAGCUCAGAAUUGCUCGUCCGACGCGGGGUAUACAUACGUCCCAGGCAACCCGUCAGCAGCCUAUGACGGAACUCCUGAUGCCUGCCAUCCUACAAUCAUCUUGCCGUCCAAGAUCCGAAGUCUAGAUCCGGCGUGGGAAUCAUGCGUUCCUGACAGAAUCGGAGGGUUCUAUGACCCGCCCUCAGCUCUCACUCCGGUGAGCGUCUUGGUGCCGACCACGACCAGCGCGCCGCCGCCGCCAGUCACGACGGAGGUUCCUCCAGCGGAAAGCACUCCCACCAUCACGCCCCCGUCUGUACCGACCACCACUCAAGCCCCUCCCACGCAGCCUCCACCAGCUUCCACUGAGGUACCUCCGAAUCCGGACCCCUCGAGCUCGUCGCAGGCACCGCCAACCCCGGAUCCCCCAAGCUCCUCGCCGGGUGUUCCUACACCGGACCCCCCAAUUUCUUCACCAGGAGUUCCCACGCAAGAUCCCGCGGGUUCUUCUCAGAACCCUCAGCCCAGUCCUAGUGGAGGCAACGGCAACACGGGGGGCGACGGAAACACGGGUGGCAAUGGCAACACCGGCGGCAAUGGCAACACUGGCGGCAAUGGCAACACCGGCGGCAAUGGUAACACUGGUGGUAAUGGCAACACUGGUGGCAACGGCAACACUGGGGAUAACAGCAACGGAAACGGUAACGGUAAUGGAAACAACAACAACGGUGGCAACGGAAACACCGGAGACAACAACAAUGGACAGACCGGCAGCGACCCCAAUGGCAGCAACGGCAACCCGGCAGCAUCGUCACCCGCUGGUGGGGACGGCAGCGCACCUCUUCCCACCCCCGUCCAUGUCAUCCCCGUGGGUUCGACGACUCUCACGGCGAACUCGCAGUCUCAAUUUAUUGUCGGUUCGGCAACGCUCGUGCCUGGGGGUCCGGCGGUGACACUAGGAGACUCUACUACGCUCUCCUUGCCGACCUCUGGGUCCGGCGUUGUCGUCAACGGCGUCACAACGUCGAUGGGCACUGUCACGGUCACGCCCGAGGGAUCAGGGUCCAAUGCCCCCGGAGUGACGGGCGGCGUUCCCGGCACGUCGGCUUCUGGUUCAUCCCCGGUUGUGACUGCGGCGGCUUCGCAGCUCGACCGGCACGCCUGCCUACUUCUCACGGCAGUGGCCGCAAUUUUGGCUGCGGCAUUGUAAAUGUGAUUGGUAGCGUCACAUCAUUGGUAUGAGUGGUAAUGUCAGGGGUUUCCAAUGUAAAAUAGAAGACCCAGCGUGUAAUGCAAUAUGAGCGGAUGACUACAGGAG